AUGGAACAGUUGAACUGGAUGGCGGAAUACGCUGCGUUCGUCAUCAUGCUCGGACUGUCCGUCGUCAUUGGUCUAUACUAUGGGUGCAUCUCCAAACAGAACACCGUCAACGAUUACCUGUUGGGCGGCAAGCACAUGUCCGUCUUUCCGAUCACCAUGUCGCUGGUCGCUAGUCACAUUUCUGGCAUAACGCUGCUCGGAGUUCCGUCUGAGAUAUAUAGCAAUGGAACACAAUACUUAAUUGUCGGUGUGGUUAACACUGUAGUGGUCAUCUUCUUGGUCGUAUUCAUUUAUUUACCCGUUUUUUACGAUCUUCAGUUGACAUCAGUAUAUGAGUAUUUGGGAUUACGAUUUAAUUCCAACAUCCGCGGAUUGUCGUCGCUCAUCUUCGCCGUGCACCUAAUAUUGUACAUCCCUGUUGUAAUUUACAUACCAGCAUUAGCGUUCAAUCAGGUGACAGGACUUGAUGUACAUUUAAUAACCUUGAUCAUUUGCGUCAUUUGUAUAUUUUAUACCACCAUCGGCGGACUGAAGGCAGUAGUGUGGACAGAUGCUAUCCAAAGUCUUUUCACAGCUGUUUCAAUCCUGAUUGUGAUCAUCUUGGGAGUUAUGCAAGUCGGAGGAAUCGGAAACGUAAUCAAAGCCAACCAAGAAGGGGGCCGAAUAGAAUUUUUUAAGAUGGACCCAAAUCCGUUUUUGAGAAACACUUUUUGGACCGUCACCAUAGGUACUACGUUUCAGUGGCUCUCAGCACUGGGCAUUCAUCCGGGAGCAGUUCAACGUUUUGUAGCAUUGCCCACGCAUGGAAAGGCUCGAAAAGCUGCGGUUUGGUUUGUUUUGGGUAUUUGCAUCGUUAAAAUCUUGACCGGUGCCAUAGGAAUGUUGAUCUACACCAAAUACAAAGACUGCGACCCCUUGAUGGCUAAUUUCAUAGACAACGAUAGAAAAUUAGUGCCGUACUAUGUAAUGGACGUGGCUGCGAAAUUUCCAGGACUCACCGGCCUAUUCGUUUCCGGUAUUGUUAGUGCUGCCUUGAGUACAAUGUCAGCGCAGAUUAACACUGUUUCCGGUACGAUUUACGAAGAUUUCAUAGUGAAAAUGAUGGGCAUAAAAGUGUCCGAUUUGACGGCCAGCAUUAUCAUGAAGUGUAUCGCAGUGAUCAGCGGUAUAAUAUGCGUGUUAUUGGUGUUUGCGGUCGAAAAAUUGAACGGAAUCCUUCAAAUGUCAAUUAGUCUGGGCGGAGUGACUCAUGGAGCAUUAUUGACAGUAUUCACGUUGGGGGUUUGUUUUCCGUGGGCAAACUCCAGAGGAGCGAUGUAUGGGAUGUUAACUAGCUUAGCUGUCAUGGCUUGGAUAGUUGCUGGAGCUCAGUUUGCCAUAUACAACAAGGAAUUGAAGUUCGUCGAACUGGACGUUUCGAUAGCUGGAUGUCCGGCCAACACAACGUUCAGUAAUCAUACAGAUUUUUCGGGGUUAAUCCGGUUGAACGAAGAAGUGUAUGCAAGUCCCAACGUGCCGACAAUUUAUACGGUUUCAUACAUGCACUACAGUACCAUCGGCACUGUGGUCGGGAUCGCCGUCGGACUCGCCGUCAGCCUGUUGUUCCCCACGGACCAGAACAUAGACCCCAGACUGUUGACGCCCUGUAUACGGAACUUUGUGUAUCCCAAGUACAUGGCGGAGACGGUUAAGAACGGCGUGACAUGCCACAACAAGACCGAUACGUACGAGCUGGUGUCUCAGGAAACCAAACUAUGACGAAUGCGGUUGUGCGCAGUGUGUUAACGACCGUAUAGCUCCAUCUGACUUGAAUAGUGUUGUAUCUUUAAAAAUAUACGAAAAAUAAUUACAAA